AGUAAGUGAGGAAGCAAAAAGAAGGGAGGGAAGCUUGCUUUGUAUUCUGCAGAAGGUUGCAUUCAGAAAUAGAACAUUCAGCAAUCACUGUGGUUUGAAUGCAAUUUAGGAGACCAUAUACGUUCACUUUUAUUAACUCUAUUGCUCUGUAAGAGAGAGAGAUGACAUCUGACUGCUGCUUCUACUUAGUCUUGAUUUUUGGAACAAAUUGAUGUCUCAGGAUUUAAUGGUUCAAUUUUGGGCCAUAGGACUAAGAAGCAAAGGUCUCCCGUUCUAUCUUGGAUGGGCUGUGAAUGACAAACAACCUAUAAAGCAAUAGAGUUAUUCUUUGUACUUCGGAAAAUCAGGAUUCUGGACAUGAAGUUACAUGCCCUCUUGGAUAUUUCCCUUGUGGCAAUAUAACAAAGUGUUUGCCUCAACUACUUCACUGUAAUGGUGUGGAUGACUGUGGUAACCAGGCCGAUGAAGACAACUGCGGUGUUCCUGUGAUAUUUUCUGAUGGACUUGAACAAAAUCCUGGAACACUCACAAAAACACCAUCCCAGUUUUAGAGACCCAAAAAGUUUAGAUAAUUCUGGAGACAACAAUGGAUGGUCUCAGCAACUGGAUAAGUAUUUUGCAAAUUACAAUGAAAGGACUUCGCCAUAUGCUUUAGAGGCAAAGACAUCUGAGUGCUUGGUUGAUUCUGUGCCAGCUAAAUGCCUGUGCCGAGGGCUAGAGCUUGACUGUGAUGGUGCCAAUUUACGCGCUGUCCCUUCGGUCUCUUCAAAUGUAACUCUGAUGUCCCUUCAAUGGAAUCAGAUAAGAAAACUCACAGCUGAUAGUUUCAAGAAGUACCAGGACCUUAAAAAUCUGUAUCUUCAGAAUAAUAAAAUUAGGGCUGUAUCGGAACACGCUUUUAGAGGAUUAUACAACCUAACAAAACUGUAUCUGAGUUACAACAAGAUAACCUUUUUAAAGCCUGGUGUAUUUGAAGAUCUGCACAAGCUUGAGUGGCUGAUAAUUGAAAAUAACAAGAUCAGUCAGAUCUCUCCACUAACAUUUCAUGGACUCAACUCACUUAUUCUCCUAGCACUGUUGAAUAAUUCUCUUGCCCGUUUGCCUGAUAAACCUCUUUGCCAACACAUGCCCAGACUACAUUGGCUGGACUUUGAAGGCAAUCAUAUAUAUAAUUUAAGAAAUGUCACUUUCGUCUCCUGCAACACUCUAACUGUACUAGUGAUGAGAAGAAACAAAAUCAGGUCCUUAAAUGAAAACAGCUUUUCCUCUCUUCAGAAGUUAGAUGAACUAGACUUGGCUAGCAACAAGAUAGAAUCACUUCCACCGUAUCUAUUUAAAGAUUUGAAGGAGCUCUCACAACUAAACCUUUCAUAUAACCCAAUACAGAAAAUACAAACAGACCAGUUUGAUUACUUGUUAAACCUCAAAUCCCUCAGCCUGGAGGGCAUUGAAAUUACAAAUAUCCAAAGAAGGAUGUUCAGACCACUUAGAAAUCUCUCCCACAUAUAUUUUAAGAAAUUUCAGUAUUGUGGAUAUGCCCCUCAUGUACGCAGUUGUAAGCCAAAUACAGAUGGGAUUUCAUCCUUUGAGAAUCUCUUAGCUAGCAUUAUACAGAGAGUGUUUGUCUGGGUUGUUUCUGCAGUCACUUGCUUUGGAAAUAUCUUUGUCAUCUGCAUGCGACCUUACAUCAGAUCCGAGAACAAGCUCCAUGCCAUGUCAAUAAUGUCUCUCUGCUGUGCUGACUGUCUGAUGGGAAUAUAUUUAUUAGUGAUUGGAGCCUUUGACCUUAAAUAUCGUGGAGAAUACAACAAGCAUGCUCAGUUGUGGAUGGACAGCAUCCACUGCCAAUUGGUGGGGUCAUUGGCCAUUCUGUCCACAGAGGUGUCAGUUUUACUGUUGACUUACCUGACUCUGGAAAAGUACAUCUGCAUAGUUUACCCAUUUAGGUAUUUGAAGCCAGGAAAAUGCAGGACAAUUUCUAUUUUGAUUCUCAUCUGGGUUAUUGGCUUUGUGAUUGCUUUUAUUCCACUGAGCCACAAGGAAUUUUUCAGAAACUACUAUGGUACCAAUGGGGUCUGUUUCCCUCUUCAUUCAGAACAGGCAGAAAGUACAGGAGGCCAGAUUUAUUCUGUUGUUAUUUUUUUAGGUGUAAACUUGGCAGCUUUUAUCAUCAUUGUGUUUUCCUACGGAAGUAUGUUUUACAGUGUUCACCGAACAGCCAUCACAGCAACUGAAAUCCGGAAUCAUAUUAAAAAAGAAAUGACCCUUGCUAAACGCUUUUUCUUCAUUGUUUUUACUGAUGCAUUAUGCUGGAUUCCCAUCUUUAUUUUGAAAUUACUCUCUUUACUUCAGGUAGAAAUACCAGGUACUAUAACCUCCUGGGUGGUGAUUUUUAUAUUGCCCAUAAAUAGUGCUUUGAAUCCUCUUCUCUACACUCUCACCACGCGACCUUUCAAAGAAAUGAUUCAUCGGGUCUGGUAUAAUUACAAACAAGGAAGAUCCAUAGGAAGCAAAAGCAGUCAGAAAAUGUACGGCCCCUCAUUUAUCUGGGUAGAGAUGUGGCCAAUGAAAGAGAACACAACGGACUUAACAAAGCCUGCAAUUUAUACAGACUCCUCUGAAACAUCAGUAACCAUACACUCCACAAGACUGAAUUUAUACAGAUAAAUAUGUGUUUUGAACAGUCAUAGUAAAAUGUGCACAGUCAUCUUCAGAUAUGGACUUUCUGUUUUAUAGCAGUAAGGAAAAAGGGAACAGCUGUAACAUUGAUUCACACCAGUGAUGGCCAAGAAGUCAAAUCAGAAAAGGACAACUGAUUGAACUUAACAUUACAUCCAUUUUUGAAGAACCUUAGGGAGUAGUAGCCAUAGGAAAAAAUAUUUUUGCUAAUAAAAUUCCACUAGCAGUCCAAUUUAUUUUUUCAUUUUGAUGGGCAGGUAAGUCAAAAAGAUUAAGACAAUCAAUUUGUACCUUUUCUAAGUUCUAAAAUGUAAUUCAUAUGCAUUCAAUUGUUAGAUGACCAGAUUGCUAGCAAUAUAAAAGUUCACUCUGAAUGGCUAUGCAGCUUCCUAAACUUUAGUCAUUUGCAGUAUUUUUCUGAAGAACUACUCAUAUCAAGCCGAGGGCCCUGGACACACAAAAUUAUUCAGAUUUAGGAAUACUUUAAAAAGAUAUAAUGUUGAGCUAUGUUUUGGGGGAUUUCAAGUGGAGCAAUCAAGCAGAUUCUUCUGUAUAUGUAUGUCAGGUUUGAUUUUUAAGGCACUUUUUUAAAUAAUGAAAGAAAGGAGUACUGAGUAAGGAGACUUUCAGUAACUGGUUUGUGGCCAGCUGAGUUCCCAAGAUGACACAGCUGGUGAAAUGCUUUUCUGCAUUUACACUUUGAAGCUUUGUUAAAAAAAGCAAAAAGGUAUUUUUAAUGUUUGCACUCAACUUCUUAAAAGAUACAAGAAGUAGACUAUAGUGUGACUCACACAUUACUGUUUACAAAGCUUUGGAAUAUGUUAGAAUCAAAUACAGAGCAGAUGUGUACCAUAUUUCCACUACUGUAUAUAUUGAUUUAUUUAGAAUAAAGAUUUACCUGUGGAUCAAACAGAUUGUUUUCCUUUUGAUGAAAACAGUAAACACCCCAUAUUUCAUUUUACAUCUUCACUUAAUACUCUGUAUAAUGCAGAAUGUCUAACAUGACCUUUACUCCACUUUGAAAGCAUCAAAUUCAGUAGCUAAACAAUACUGACAGCCUUCUUUACGCUGACAGAUGGAAGAGAAAAGCUGCAGUAAUUAUCUGUUGAAUAGUUGUUCUAAUUGCUUUUAUUCUUUAGGUAAAAAAGUAAGAUUUUCUUGAAGAGUAGGGCGUCUAGAAAUAGCAAUCAAUAACUUCUCAGUCAUGGCACACCACUACACUUUUCGGAACUGAGUUGGCAAGCUACAGUACUGCUUUUUUCAAGCAUUUCUGGGAACAGUAACUAUGAUCCAGGUAUUUACUAGGUAUGUGAAGGGUUAACGGGUGAGGCUUACUGGUUACUGUUAAUUGGUGGGACCUGCUCCAACCUCACAGGGCCCACCACAGGCGAGAGUUACUCCAGCCCAGCUGCAGCGGCCCCCCUCUCCCCACCUCCAUUUAAUUGAUUAACCGGUUAAAUGAAGUUUAACUGGUUAACUAAUUAAAAGGGAUUUUACAUCCCUAAUAUUUACCACAAAUUAGAGAUCUUUUAUAUAGUAGGUUCCGGUUUACAUUGGUAUGCAAGAUUAUAAGGUUUGAAUCACAGCCCUAUGGCCAAUUAAAUGGGAGGCAUGCACAACAAGUUCUAAAAUAGCAUAUUAUCUCAAAGAUUACAGUAUAUGGAGAAUUAGCACAAGUGCCAUCGAAACUGAAAGGUAUAUUUCAAAAAGUAAAUGAACUUUUUAAUACAUAAUACAGCUGAGCUUAUAUAAUAAGAAAAUAUAUAGUUUAAGGAUACAAUAAGGCACUAUAAAUAGAGUUUAGUAACUGAAAUACAUAAAAAGAUCAGCUGUAGAAGGGUUUGAAAUGUUAAAAUCUGUAAAAAUGCAACUAUGUAUUAAAAAAUGGCUAAGAUGAUUGUCACUGUAGAGAAGGAGCUGGGCUAUACUCUUAAGUGACAGACCAAGUUCUAGACUUAGUUCCAUCUAUAUUAAUCUCCUGUUAAAUUGCACAGUAAGGAUGAAGUUUGUAUAGGUAUAAGUAAGGGCAGAAAGAGCUGCACAAAUAGUCUAGUUCUAAGUUCCCUCUAAAUUACAUAGCUGCACAAUUUACUAUUAAGCUUCACGUAGAGACGUAGCACUAAAGCAGAGAGAACCAUCUCUCUUUGACCCCUGAAACUGCCAGGGACAGAGAGAGAUGCCCCUCUCUGUCAGCUCCAGCAUGGAGCUUCCAAAGACAGCAGAGAAAUGCCCCUCUCUAUGGGCCCCAGCAUGGAGCUGCCAGGGAUAGCAGACAGGCACCCCUCUCCAUGGGCCCCAAUACAGAGCUGCUGAGGCUGGGGAAAAGAGUCCCUUCUCACUGUCCCUAGCAGGGAGAUGCCUAGGAAAAUCUAAGCCCCUGCUUUACCUUAAGCCUCCCUUCAGCCCUGAGCAACCUCCUGCAUCCCAAAACCCAUACUCCCAGCCCAGAGCCUGUACCUCCUCCUGCACUCGAACCUCCAACCUAAAACCCCUUCCCAAACAUGGAGUGCCCUUCCUGCUCUCCAUACCCAUCAUGCCCAGCCUCAUUCCAAAGCCUGCACCUCAGCCAAAGCCCUUGCACCCAACCCUUUAUCCCAGCCAGUAUUUCCUAUAAGUCAAGUGCUUGGGCAGCUGCCAAGGAGAUAUUCAAAUGCCACCCACCUGAUUAGCAGAGCACUCAGAGCCAGCAGCAUGCAUUUCUACUAGUGUGCACAUA